AUGGCUUUAGUUCGACGGAACAGUUACCACUUCCGUUUUAGCGUUCAAUUCUACGAUGUUGGAAACAACAGUAUGGUAGAGGGAAAUAUCUUCUCUGUAAAACCUAUAACGUACAAUAGAGACAUUGAUGGUCCUGUUAACUGCAAUAUAACAGUUGACGAUAUGAUGGAUAUAAUGAAUAUGUAUGAGGGAAGAAAACUGCAGUGUUUGCCGUAUAUGUAUCUUGUGGGGGUGGCCAAGUGCGGCACGACUGAUUUGUUCAAAAGGAUCACCCUUCAUCCAGAUUUUAAGGCACCAACAAGGAAAGAACCAAAUUGGUUGUCAGCGAACCGUUUUUGUGAGGCAAGUGUCAAUACUUUUGAGGGAGCACAUUUCUGGCCCUACCUCGGGUCGAAUGUUGGUCAUGAUGAACCAGUUGAAAACAACGCUGAGUACAUCUAUCAUAUGAACAGCCAAGCAAGGAUACUCAUCAACGUUAGAAAUCCUGUUGAUAGGUUGUGGUCAGAGUAUCUGGCUUUCUCAAGAAGUGCAAACAAGUCGGCAGAGAUAUUCCAUCAGAUUGUUGUUAGGGAACUGAGUAUAUAUAACAGGUGCCUACGUACCAGGACACUUAGAAGCUGUAUGUAUGAUAGACCUAUGGCACAGUUUUCAACGAUGACAGAUGUCGAGAGACAGUUAAUGAAACAAAAAUGCCAUCUCAAGCCAGUUGAUAUAGUUAUGUUACGUCGUGGAGUAUACCAUGUCUUUAUUAAAGAUUAUCUCAAGGUGUUUCCACGUGACCAUGUGCUUAUUCAACGACUUGAGGAUAUUGCGGAUGAUCCAGAAGAGACACUUAUUCGGACAUUUAACUUUUUAGGUUUAAAAAUACCAUCAAAAAGUAACCUCAGAAAAAUAAUGGAUCUUGAUAUACGAAAUACAAGAAGACCAAUAAAUAUCAAAAGAGGCGGUAUGCUGGAAGCCACAAGACACAUUCUGCAUGAGUUUUACAGGCCACACAAUGAACAGCUGUCAAUCCUUCUAAAUGAUUCUAAAUAUAACUAUGGACCACGCGGAUGA